CUUGCUUCUUCCUCUCUUCUCCUCUUCUUUUUUUUCUCUUUUCCUUCUGCCCUGACUCCCUCUGCCUCUGCUUUGCCGCCAAUUAGUUCCAGCCAUGGCGACAAACAUCCACCCCGAGUCUCCGGAGGACUUCGAGUUCAUCCAGACUCCCGCCGCCCCCUGUACCACCCCAGCUGAGGACUGCGGUGUGCGGACAACAUCGUAUCCCGCCAUCAAAAAUGCCCCCGUCCCCGCGGAUUCGGCUGGCAGUGAUAGCUUCUCCAAUAUCCUGCUGUUCUCCCUACUUCUCCUCGUCCCUUGGUACUCGGCUCGCCAGGUGGGUGGAGGAUUCUACACCACCAUCUUCUUUGCCAUCUUCACCACAAUCCCCAUCCUGAUGGUGUUUUGGUCGGUGGCUUCCUCCAUCUCUCCCCGCAAGAACGAGAAGGCCAAGUAUGCCGGUCGCCCAGUCGAGCACUAUCUGGAUUUCCACAGCGAACAUGACCGCGCUACAUACCACGGAAAGAGCAAGAUUCCCAUGGAGGUCUUCUACGAGAAGUACUUCAAUGGCGAGGUUGACUUCAAGGGAGAUGCCCUGGAGAUCCUGGAAUUCCGACACGACUGGGCCAAUUUCCGUUUCACCAUGGGCCUUUUCAAGCACUUCCUGUUUGGUUUCAUUCCCGAAUUGCUCGUCCACUCUCGCUCUCAAGACGAAGAGCAGGUGCGUGACCACUACGACCGUGGCGAUGACUUCUACGCCUGGUUCUUGGGCCCUCGCAUGAUCUACACCUCUGGUCUCAUUUCCGACGUCAACAGGGAAGAGACCCUGGAGGAGCUUCAGGAUAACAAGCUGGCUGUCGUUUGCGAAAAGAUUGGCGUGAAGCCCGGCGAUACCAUUCUCGACCUUGGCUGUGGCUGGGGUACCCUUGCUAAAUACGCCUCCGUCCAUUACGGCGCCCAAGUCACUGGUAUCACUCUCGGUCGUAACCAGACUGCCUGGGGCAACAAAGGUCUUUGCAACGCUGGCAUUGAGGACUCUCAGAGCCGUGUCUUGUGUUUGGACUACCGCGAUGCUCCUCGUGUGGAUGGUGGCUAUAAGAAGAUCACCUGCCUGGAGAUGGCCGAGCACGUCGGUGUGCGGCACUUCAGCACUUUCUUGUCUCAGGUUUACGAUAUGCUGGACGACGAUGGCGUCUUCUUCUUGCAGAUCGCCGGUAUUCGCAAGUCUUGGCAGUAUGAGGAUUUGAUCUGGGGUCUUUUCAUGAACAAAUACAUCUUCCCCGGUGCCGACGCCAGUACUCCCCUCGGAUUUGUCGUCGACCGACUCGAGGGUGCCGGAUUCGAGAUCAAGGCUGUUGAUACCAUUGGUGUUCACUACUCCGCCACUCUCUGGCGCUGGUACCGCAACUGGAUGGGCAACCGUGAGAAGGUCGAGGCCAAGUACGGCAAGCGCUGGUUCCGCAUCUGGGAAUACUUCCUGGCCGCCUCCACCAUCACCUCUCGCCAGGGCGGUGCUACCUGCUGGCAGUUGACGCUGGUCAAGAACAUCAACUCUACUCACCGUGCCGAGGGCAUUCAAACCCAGUUUGGCCUCAAUGCGGCUCGUGAAUCUGCUGCCCAGAACGUGGGUCAGGGCACCCGCCCCAGUGCUCACGUUCCUAACAAGGCGUAAAUUAUGAUGUCUCGUUGUGCACGUCGGUGCUACCUUAGAUGUCGUUUGUCUGGUAUAUUACCCAGGGCCCCCGCCUGUUGGCGCGCAAGCCCGUUACACGGCCCCUGGGGGCUCGGUGAAUCAAACUGAAGGACGAAAUCGACCUUCACUUUGUAAAGAAGACUGAAAAGCAAGGAAUGAAGGAGAUUUUGGCAAUGAGCCGUCAGUAAUCCGGUGUGUGAGAGAUGCUUCUGGUCUAAAAUCCGUUCUUCGUUCAACUAUGGGCGAGCGGGUGGUAGAUAUCAACCAGAAACCAUGUAUGUAUUAAUGAGAAAUAGACAAUCUGAUGUGUAAUUAUGGAUGGC